GGGAUCAAGAUUGCCUAAACAACGAAUUUGCGUUUGAUUUUGCCACCAUAACAUCAAUUUGCAAAUAUAAUUGGGUGACCUUGUGGCUAUCAUGAUGCCUACAGUUAAACAAGGACAUUUUCAAAGUGCGACACCACUCACUGUACCUCUUUAAGAGGAACGAGGUGACUGCGCAUGUGCAUUGGCGUCUAAAUAAUGUUGCCGCGAGUGGCGAAACCGCUUCAACGGCUGGGUAACCGACACUCCGCAGUGUUAACGUACGCAUGUGUCAAUUGCAGGAGCAAGUUCACAGAUAGUCGUGACCAUGAAGAACUCUAUCCCGGUCACAUCCCCACCUCUCCGAUUCAGAAGGCCUUGCUGGCGGUGGGCUCGGGGGUCGCUGCACUGCAGGACCCCUACAGGCAUGACAUGGUUGCAGUACUCGGAGAGACGACGGGCCACCUGGCUUUGGUAAACCUCAGAGACCGCAUGAGAAACGACCCUGAGGGAUAUGUGAUUCUCACGGAGAGGCCAAGGAUCCGCCUGUCCACGCUCGAUUUGCAAAAGAUGGCCUCUUUACCCGAGGGAUCCUUUGGUCGGGAAUACCUCACGUUCCUGGAAGACAAUCAUGUGACGCCCGACUCAAGGGUCGACGUGAAGUUCGUGGACAACAAGGAGCUGGCCUACGUCAUGCAGAGAUACAGAGAGGUCCACGACCUGCUGCACACCUUGCUGGGAAUGCCCACAAACAUGCUUGGUGAAGUGGCCGUAAAAUGGUUCGAAGCUGCUCAGACCGGCCUCCCCAUGUGUGCCCUUGGAGCUCUGUUGGGGCCUCUUCGGCUCAAUGCCAGUCGUCUCCAGUCGCUGGUCACAUCUUUGGGCCCGUGGGCGGUGCGGAAUGGUCGGCAGGCCCGUUGCGUCUUCAGCGUGUUCUACGAGAGGCGAUGGGAGCAGAGCCUGGUGGACCUGAGAGGGGAACUCAACAUCCAACCGCCCCCAUAGAUGCCAGCAUAGCAUUCACAAACUUACACUUAUAAACACUUGAUGGAAUCAUGUGUUGAGAUUUUUUUGAGAUGGUAGCCCUGUCUCAUGCUAAUGAGCCAAUGGUCACCCUGCGCCAUAAAUUGCUGGGCCAAUGGUGAGUAUGACUCUUGUUACCGUGUUGACCGGUGGUGGAGCUGAUGGUAUUGACCAGACCAGCAAGCAGCUUCUCCCAGAGUGUGUAAAAAAGCAAUCACCCAUAAAGACAAUACAAGCGUUUUAAUUUGUAAAGGCACCACCACAUCAAAAACUUAACCAAGCAAUCACGUAUGUGUCGCUCAUCAGAAGGUAAAGUUAUUGGUCAUCGCUAUUCUGUACAUCCAACAAAACCCAGUGAAGCUCUGCUUACCUUUUAGCUUUGACGUGACAGGAGGGGUGUCACACCUGUGAUGGAUGUGAGUGUUUCCACAUGACAGUAAUCUGUUCAAAGUGGCUCCGGAUCUUCACCGAGCAUAGCUGAUAAUGUGGAGAAACUGAUGUGGCGGAACUACAUAGACCCAACUAUUGGUAUCCAAGCUAUUAAAAGGUACGAAUCUGUCGUAAACCGAGACCCUCGUAUCUAUGAAAGAAGCAGAUGGAGGAGGAGCCGACGACGAAGAACACUCACCCGGACUGCGGUGACUCUGUCGGCCAGGGGGGUCACGGUGUGUCCGUGGCAGGGGCCUACAAUGGCGCAGUGGGAGCAAAUCAGCUUCAACUCGGUCCCGCAGAACCAGUCCAGUUCGGACUCGUGCUCCACGCACGUCUCACUCUCCCCGGAGAAGAUCCCGGACUCGGUGUCGGAGGUGGUGGACAUGACAGCGGUCGCAGCAGGUGCCUUCGCCCCGCCGCCUGGCUUCUCCCCCGCGGCUGCGGCGGUGGCGGAGGUGUCCCCCACCAGCGCGGCGAAGAUGGGCUGCUCCUCCGCGGUGCUCAUCUCCUCGCUUUUUACCGUCGGGGAAGUUUCCACGCCGCCCUUCGGAGCGGUGAACUCGCUCAGCUCCUCGGUCAUCAUGGCAGCAGGUGCACCGGAGGGACGGAACUGAGUCUGCGCUGUAACACAGGUGUUACAGGUCAAGUCAUUCUUAAAGGAUUGAAUCAAUUGCAGCUGGACUGUUCUGCUUGCGGAACCAAUGCCCUGUCUUGAAUAACUC